AUGCCGUGCGCAGGCAGAGGCGGAGGAGGGAUUGGCCGGCGGCGGCCAGGGCCGGCCGCGCACGCCCCCACGGCCCCACGCGUGCCCUCACGCGGAGGAUGCGGGGCGGCCGCGGCCGCCGGUUGCAGAUCGCGCAGCGGUGGACGCGGGGUGCCCACGCCCGCUGGAGGUCUGACGCGGCGCCCUGCCGUGCCCGUGCUGGUGCCAGCGCCACUGCCCCGCCAGAUCCUGUGCUCGCCAGGAGUCGCUGGAGGCGGUGGAGGAGCAGGAUGCCCAAUACGGCAAAGCCGGAUGGACGAGGGGUGCGCAGCCGCAGAGGACAUCGCCGUCUACCAGGGCCAUGACGACUGCCUCCACAACGACGGCCAGCCAUUGCUCGGCGGCGAGACCAUCUCCUUCGAGUACGCCAACGCGUUCCCGUCCGAGCUCUCCGUCCGUGUCGCCACCUGCAUCGACCCCACCAUGCCAACUACAUUUAGGCCUGCUUCCAUCUCCAUUCAAGCGCAAGUGGUGUUUGAUGCCGAGAAGCUCAAUCCUUGGUUGACAAGAGGAUACAGAGCUGUUUCUCGCCUCCAUCCUGUCGUAGUUGGGAUGCAGUGCCGCAUAGGCAACCAUGGCCGCCACCGGAGCAGUUUGGGACGCAGGGCAAUGGAGUUCAACUUAGGCCAACACCCUGGCCAUCUUUCAUUGGUAAUACAGUUCAAGUGGCAGACCUUAUCAAGUGGCCUGGAAGUCAAGCAUUGGCCUGGACCACAGGCCGUCACCUACAAGAGCGUAGGAGCACCGGCAUGGCGAAGAGCUCACCGCCGUGCGGGAGCAUCCGGCCGAGAAGCGAUGGUCCCAGCAGCGCGCUGGCCAGUGUACACGCACGCAGACGACGCAGCACAGCACCUCUAUGGAGUUAGCACACGCCGGCCAGCUGUGACGACGACAGUGUUUGGGCGUCACGUCGGCGGGAAAGCAGAAUAG